ACCUACGUCCCAGUCCAACUCCCUCUGCCCCAAGAGUUCAGACAAUCAAAGAGAAUCACCAUUUCCAAACUCGGCUCCCUACAGCACAAAACACAGUACAACUCUCCAAAAUUAAUCAAAAAGGGUACUCACCUUUCUCUCUUCCAUCUUAAAUGGCACCAGCUUCUUUCAAUCCUAUUUCAAACACAGUUUGUGUAAUGGAUGCUUCAGGCAGCCUUGGCUUGAGCUUGGUUCAAAGGCUCCUCCAAAGAGGCUACAUGGUUCAUGCUGCAGUUCAAAACCGUAAUUGUGAGUUGCAACUCAACGGUCUAUCUUGUGAAAACAAGAAGCUGAAGAUUUUCUAUGCAGACCCUUUUGACUAUAAGAGCAUAAUCGAUGCAUUGAGAAGUUGUUCUGGUUUGUUUUAUACCUUUGAGCCUCCAGUAGACCAGCCCACUUAUGAUGAAUCCAUGACAGAAGUGGAGGUGAGAGCAGCACACAAUGUUCUGGAAGCAUGUGCACAAACUGACACAAUUGACAAGGUUGUGUUCACAUCCUCGGCAACAGCUGUUAUUUGGAGAGAUGAUCGCAAAUCCGAGAUAGCAGACCUUGAUGAGAGACACUGGAGUGAUAUCAAUUUCUGUCGUAAAUUUAAGUUAUGGCAUGCCCUAUCAAAAACACUAGCAGAGAAGACAACUUGGGCGUUGGCAAUGGACAGAGGAGUGAAUAUGGUAUCUGUCAAUGCAGGCUUGCUGGUGAGUCCUGAACUUUCCAUCAAGAACCCAUAUUUGACAGGAGCAGCAGAAUUGUAUGAAGAUGGGGUUUUUGUGACUGUUGACCUAAAUUUCCUGGUGGAUGCCCACAUAUGCAUCUAUGAAGAUGUGUCAUCGUAUGGACGCUAUCUAUGCUUCAAUCAUGUUGUUAAUCGGCACGAGGAUGCUAUCGAGCUUGCUUCCAUGUUAACUCCUUCCGCACCUUCACUCCCUCAGAGCUCUGACCAGGACGUGAAGAUCAUUCAACAAAGGAUAAGCAACAAGAAAUUGAACGAAUUGAUGGUUGGUUUUGAGAGCGGUCCCCAGCUUGUGGAUUGAUGGGAACCUUGUCUGAAAUUGCUGAUCGGUGAUGGAGGCAGCUCACCACACUUGCAAGUACUGUAUUAAAACGUUGUUGUAUUGACGUCGACCGGCUUCAUGGGUCAUGCAACUGUGUAUAUAUAGUUCUUUUCACAUCUUAAUAAGUGGGAGAAAUUAACAUGAGUA